AUGACGAUGACGACGACGGGGAAGCUGUUGCUCGUCGUCCUGGCGUUGAGCGUUUUCGCGGAGGCUGACCGAACUACGAAUUCGCGAACUGCCUCAUGGGUUCGUCCGAAGCCGUCCGAAACCGCAUCCUCCCAUAUCCGAAACAAGCGUCUCGUCGCUGGUGUCCCGGGAAAACCCGUGCAAGCGCCGAGCAAAGCGUACCAGGCAUGCAUAGCACCGGGUAGCAAGCCCGGACACUGCAGGCACCUGUCCAGCUGCGGGGAUGAAGUUUUCCGCUCGAAUUUGCCCCGCAUGAUGGAAUAUAUGUGCGUGAUCGAGAAAGAAUUCAUAGGGUUCUGCUGUCCGGACGACAUGUCGGCCGGCUCUAGCCAGAACAGCGCCAUGCCCGUUGGCGGCCUCGCUGGAUCUCUACCGGCUGUCGCAACCGAAGGCGACGACGCGAUGGUCAUGCCGGACGACGAGAACGCGGGCGACCGAGGCGGCCGAGCAUCUCGAGGCUGUGGCCUUAGCACGAGAGACCAGGGCCGGGUGACCGGUGGCCGACCUACCAGCUCUCGCGAGUGGCCCUGGAUCGCCACGAUCCUCCGCGAAAGCGAGCAGUACUGCGGCGGUGUUCUCAUCACGGAUCGGCAUAUUCUCACCGCGGCCCACUGCGUUUACAAAUUGAAGCCUAGAGAUCUGACGAUACGACUGGGCGAAUACGAUCUGCGCUUCCCGAACGAGACCCGCGCGCUGGACUUCAAGGUCGUCGAGAUCCGCAUCCACAACAGCUACGUGGCGACGACGUACAAGAACGAUAUCGCCAUCCUCAAGAUCCACCGGCCCACGAUUUUCAACACCUACAUCUGGCCGGUCUGUUUGCCGCCCGUAGGCGCCGUAUUUGAGAACAAACAGGCCACCGUUAUCGGAUGGGGCACGAUGGCGUACGGCGGCACUCCCAGCUGGAUCCUCAAAGAAGUGACCGUGCCCGUUUGGCCGCAAGAGAAGUGCGUUACUAAAUUUACUCAGGAAAUUACCGCAAAGAACAUCUGCGCCGGUGAUUACGCUGGCAACGGCGACGCCUGUCAGGGAGACUCCGGUGGUCCACUGAUGCAUCAGCUGGGCAACGGUCGCUGGGUGAACAUCGGUAUCGUGUCCUGGGGAAUCGGCUGUGGUAACCCCGACAAGCCUGGCAUCUACACUCGGGUAAACGCUUACCUCGACUGGAUCUUCGCCAACACUAUCUUCUAAGUUGCUCCUAGAUAAUGUUUUUUUUUAUCACAUGCAUGCCUUGAAAACAAAAAAAUUCAACGACGUUAAACUAAAUAAAAAAAAUAUAUAUGAAAUG